GGAAUUUCCAGUAUCACAGAAAUGCACCUGAUAGGAUUAUUGUUUGGUGCUCAGAGAGAGCCCAUGGAUGUGAUUUUCACAUCAGUGCAUCUAAGAUAGCUCAUGAAAAAACUUUCUGCAUCAAGAAGUGUGAUAUGCUGCAUACUUGUGGAGCAUGUGCAGAGACUACAAAGGUUACUACAAAGUGGUUGUCCAAAUCAGUACAACCAGCAUUGAGAGAAGACAUUAGAUCUCCUGUGGAUGCAUUAAUAAAGAAGACUAAGACUAAAUUCUCAGUUGAUGUUUCAAGAAGUGUUGCCUAUAGGGCAAGGAGGAAUGCUGUUGGUGUGGUGCAGGGUGACCACAAGCAGCAGUAUUUGAGGCUGAGGGAUUAUCUUCAAGCUGUUCUUGAUACAAACCCUGGGAGCAGGUGUAUUGUCACAACAUUUGUUGACCCAGAAAACCCUGCACCCACUCCUAGAUUCAAGUACAUGUUCUACUGUUUGGCAGCUUCAAAGGAAGGGUUUCUUAAUGGUUGUAGACCAUUUAUAGGGCUUGAUGGAUGUUUCAUCAAGUUAACCACUGGACAACAAAUUCUUGCUGGCACAGGAAGGGAUGGCAACAACAACAUCUACCCUAUAGCUUUUGGUGUGGUUGACAAGGAAGAUGGAGACAGUUGGACUUGGUUUUCAACUCAGUUGAGAUGCUGCAUUGGUAGUGGCAACAAAUUUGGAACAUACACAAUAAUAUCUGACAGGCAAAAGGUUAGAAACUAAAUCAUUGAACUUAGUUGAUAUAGUAAUUCACUGAAUUAUGUGAGUGUGUUCAUAUGUAGAUCUAUUUUGUGAAUGUACAGGGUUUACUUAAGGCAAUAAAUGAAGUGCUCCCUGAUUC